CCCAUGCUACCUUGUCUUCCACGAAAGAAGGGGAUCCAAGGCUCCUUCUUCCUCCUCCUGUACAGCCGCCAUGGCAGCCCAAAAUUAGAAGAAACUGCUUCAAAAAGUUGAUCUGAAGGGCAGGGUGAUCAGAGCCAUACCAGGCAGCAACAAACAUGCAAUGGAUGUGUGGCAGCAGCCAGAAAAAGGAAAAAAAUGCUUGAUCUCAAUGAGUUGCCUCCUGAUCUCAAUGAGCUUCCUCAUGAUAUGGAUGAGCAGCAACCCAGCAUACCGCAAGGAAAUUGGACAGAAAAUGGGCGCUCUGUUUACUACAUAGAGACAAGUCGUGGGCCUAACCCUAUGGGCAAUGACAAUGUGGCAGGGCAGUCAUCAACCUGUGGUGCCCCUGUAGUGGUGUCUUUGCAGUCAGAGAGUCAUACUCUUGAUGACACAGGCACCGCGACAAAUGUUCCUGGUCCAACCAGGACUGAGUUCGGAGCUGGUGCUAUUGACGGUGUUGUGCAAGGAGAAGAAGGAGAAGAUGAGGCUGGUUCUCAGCCAAUGGAACCCUAUGUUGGCAUGAGGUUUGACACCCUUCAAAUUGCUAAGGAUCACUACAACAGCUACGCCCUACGGAUGGGUUUCUCUGUAAAAAUGAACACCUCUAGGCGGACACCCCACACAAAUGUAUUGGUAAAACAGCAGUUUUGCUGCAACAAGUUCAAGAAGCCCAAAGCUGAUGAUGGAGGAGCUGAGGCUCCUCCUGUCCCGGACCCUAUACCAGAUCCAAAACCUAUUGACAGUGAUGAGGAGAUGAAAGAUGAACCUCCAAUAUUUGCUGAAGAGGAGGCUGCUACUAGUAAGAAAAAGAAGAAGCGUAAACGCGAGACAAUAAAGCAGACUCAAUGCAAGGAAAAAAUGUUGGUGAAGCUGAUAGAUGGGCAAUGGCAGGUGACGCACUUUGUUCGUGACCACAAUCAUCCGCUGGUGAACAAACCUUCGUUGUCCAAAUACUUGAGAUCCCACCAAGGCAUCUCUCCUGAUGAAAAGGAGAUUUUGCACAUCUUGUAUAACUGCAACUUGACUACAGGUGUGUUCCUAUAUCCCUUACAGAAUUAAGUUUCCCUCUAGGCAGUCCAGUGUGCAACUGUUAUGGUACUGGUGUGCAACUAAAAUGCCUUAAGUGUGCAACUAGACUACCUUCACUGUGCAACUACAUAA